CUAGAAAGUUAUGCCCAAAGCCCUAUAGUCUGUCCCUGUCCUAUCAAACCAAAUCAACUAGCUACCCCUACCCCUACCCAGAACUUCGAGAAAAUGAAGGGAAAAUUACUCGCAUGGUUGCUGUUGAUGAUCCUAUCAAGCUUGGCUCUCACAAAGAGUAGUUCUUUCCAUUUGGAACAUCAUCAAGGUGAUAUUAACCUCUCAAGGCCCAUCGUACAAGAACAAGAAACUAUUCAUGGUGUACUUGGCACAGUGAGACUGAAUGGAUCGGAAGAAGAUUAUGGACGAGGAAGCAACAAAGAACAAGAAGAUUUGGUUGUUUCAGAAAAGGGACAGAAAGGGAAAACAGGAGUUUAUGGUGGUGCAAAUGUUGCUCAUCACCCCCGUCAACAGAAAAGUAGUGCAACACCCCGCCCUAAUCUCAUCGCAAAAACCAUGUUGCACGUAUAUGUUUGAUGAGUGUUUAUAUCUCACUUUAUUGAGAAAGCAGGACUGGCGUUCUGCUACUAGUUUUUGCCGUGUGCAAGUUUUCGAAUAAUUGUUGUGGAUCAACUGGUUCCUGGAUUUGCUAUUCAUCAUGUAAUUUUCCAUUACUUCAGCGAUUGGUUAUACGGUAAUAUUAUGUACUCUAUCUCUAUCAUCGAGAAAGAAGUUUGAAGCAA